AUGUCUUUACCAGCUACUUUUGACUUGACUCCAGAAGAUGCCCAAUUGUUGUUGGCUGCCAACACCCAUUUAGGUGCUAGAAACGUUCAAGUACACCAAGAACCAUACGUCUUCAACACCAGACCAGAUGGUGUCAACGUUAUUAACGUCGGUAAGACUUGGGAAAAGAUUGUUUUAGCCGCUAGAAUCAUUGCUGCUAUUCCAAACCCAGAAGAUGUCUGUGCCAUCUCUUCCAGAACCUACGGUCAAAGAGCUGUCUUGAAGUUCUCUGCUCACACUGGUGCUACCCCAAUUGCCGGUAGAUUCACCCCAGGUUCUUUCACUAACUACAUCACCCGUUCUUUCAAGGAACCAAGAUUGAUUAUUGUUACUGACCCAAGAUCUGAUUUCCAAGCUAUCAAGGAAGCUUCUUACGUUAACAUCCCAGUCAUCGCUUUGACCGAUUUGGACUCCCCAUCUGAAUACGUUGAUGUCGCUAUCCCAUGUAACAACAGAGGUAAGCACUCCAUCGGUUUAGUUUGGUACUUAUUGGCCAGAGAAGUCUUGAGAUUAAGAGGUGCUUUGGUCGACAGAACCCAACCAUGGGCCAUCAUGCCAGAUUUGUACUUCUACAGAAACCCAGAAGAAGUUGAACAACAAGCUGCUGAAGAAACUACUUCUACUGGUGCUGACGCUGAAGAAUCUAAGGAAGAAGUCGCUGAAGGCCAAAAUGAAGCCUCUGAAUGGGCUGAAGAAAACACUGAAGCUGUUUCUUGGUAA